GUGUCCACGACAUCCACAUUUGAUGGAAAGCAUCCGAAGCAAGCAGGCCGAAAAAGCCAGAGGGACAAGCGCAAGUGUCAACGCAAGCGCGAACGAUACGAGGGCAAAUCACGUCAGGCACAUGUCGGGCCCGAAAAAAGGGAAAGAACGGGGCAAUGGAGGAGAGAGGAGGAGGGGACCUACUGGACGCAAGAGGAGCCUCAACCCGUAGCUCUUUCUUUCUUUCUUUCUUUCUUUCUUUCUGACACAUGCAAGUGCAGGUGGGGGAGGGGGGGGGAACUGUGA